AUGGACUUUAAGGUUUUGAGAGGGAAUGCUAAGAGAGAUAUACCAUUUGAUGAAAGACCCUAUGUUUCUAAGAGAGAUUCUACAGAAAUGGAAUUACGAAAUAGACAGACUUUCUACUUAGCUAACAUUGAGGUUGGCUCUAAUGAAGAUGAAAUUGGGGUUUUGGUUGAUACUGGAUCAUCAGAUUUAUGGGUUACGGCACAUGAUUCAAAUUGCGAAAGAUCAUUGUCCAAGAGGGAUAUACAAGUGGAUAGUAAGUUAACGAAAAUGAAGGAAGAUCUGAGCAGAAAGUAUCCUGAAGAUAAUAUCUACGAUGUGAAUCAAAAUGCAGCCGAAAGAAAAGGUACAACUUCAGAGAUAAGCCUUCGACCUGUAUGGAAUAUUAACCUCUCGGACUUAAACCUGGACAUUAGAAAUUCGGGAAGUAGUUACAUAGGAAAUGACCUCAAAAAUUUAAAAUCUUCAGAUAAUGAGUGUACAAGAUACGGAUCAUUCAGGUUUUCCGACUCUGACACCUUUAGCAGAAACCAGUCAGCCAAUAGGUUCUCGAUUAGUUAUGCGGAUGGAACAUAUGCACGCGGAUUUUGGGGUACUGAUAAUGUUAGUUUUGGCAAUAUAACUGUAAGGGAUUUAUCAUUUGCAGUUUCAAAUGACACAACUUCAGACAUUGGAAUAUUAGGUAUAGGACUUUCAGGACUAGAAACUACAUACUCCAAUCAGAAUGGAGGUAAUUAUCAAUACGAAAAUUUGCCAUUGAAAUUAAGAAAUCAAGGUGCUAUCAAUAAAGCAGCUUAUUCAAUUUACUUAGGUGACGAAGACUCAAGAACUGGCACUGUAUUAUUUGGAGCAGUCGAUUCUGCUAAGUACUCUGGUGAUUUGCAGACGGUGCAGAUUGUAAACUCCGCAAGAAAUUAUGGAUAUUCGGACCCUAUUAGAAUUGAAGUUAUUGUAAAUGGGAUUUCCUUAAAUGAUUCGAAUACUGAAGUGGAAAUAACUUCCAAUGAUUACACAGCUGUUUUGGAUACUGGGUCUACAUUUUCUUAUUUUCCUACUUCUCUUUUAAGUUCUCUUGGGGAAACCCUAAAUGGUCAGUUUUCAUCAUCUUUGGGGGCUUACAUUGUUGAUUGUAUUGAUAAUAAUUCUUAUUUCUUCAGUAUUGAUUUUAGUGGUGUUAGAAUAGAUGUACCUCUAACAAGUUUGAUUCAAAGAUAUAGCUAUAACCAAUGCUUUUUGAGUAUUUUAGAACAAUCAAAUUCUGAUUACAUAUUAUUUGGAGAUAAUGUAUUAAGAAGUGCAUAUCUCGUUAUUGAUUUGGAUGAUUUGGAAAUUUCUAUGGCGCAGGUUAGACAUACAACGGAGGAGGAUGUUGCAGUUAUUUCAUCUUCAGUUCCAAAUGCCGUACGCGCUCCAGGAUACUCGUCUACAUCUCUCCCGAGCUCAGUAGUAGAAUCAGAUAGCCCAGCUGGAACAUUUGGGAGUGGUUCUAAUUCCGGUGGAAGAAGUGGAAGAAGCUCCGGUGCUUCAAUGAAUAGGUUUUCCAAAGGUAAGGUUUAUGGAUUAUUUAUUGGAUUGAGUAUUACGGUACCUUUAUUCUUGUAUUAA